CAACAUGCAUGCAACGUUUCAAAUGAUGGUCCACACAAUGUGGAAUGUGUGGUUGUUUGAACGUUGUGUAGUUGUGUUUGUUGGGUACUUAACUGUAUUAUCUGUACACAAUGUCACUAAACUGUAGUCUGAGACAGUGUGGGGCUGCAGAGCAUCAGGUAAAAAAUCUGACCAACUACAUUUUCAGACAGAGCUGUAAACUAGGGGGCGCUGGUUGUGUAUCAGCGGUUCUGUAAAGACAGUAAAGCGGAGGAGAAGAAGAUCCAGUCCGCUGUGUUAUUAUAGAGAAACAGGAGCUGAUCUACUGAAGGACAAAAUUAGCAGAAUCAGCUGCUAGUACCCACUGUCCUCCAGAGGUGUCAUUUUACCAGACGCACCAAGAAACAUCACCAGAAGGAUUAACCCUCAAAAUUGGAGGUUGAACAUAGGAAUAUGGAGGUUGUGAAUUCCAGCAAUCAGGAAAUUUCUUCUACUCAGUGCACGGAUGUAUCUAUCAAACAAGAACAAAUUGUUAACGAUGAAGAGGAGUCCUACCCAUGUACAGAGUGCGGAAAAAGUUAUAAACAUGCUAGUACCCUCGAAAGACACAAGCGCAUUCACACAGGAGAGAAACCAUAUCACUGCUCAGAAUGUGGAAAGAAAUUCAGUCAAAUGUAUCAUCUCCAAAGACACCAGCGCAUUCAUACUGGAGAGAAACCAUAUUUCUGCUUUUACUGUGGGCAGAUUUUUAGAGACAGUGGUACCCUCAGCAAACACAAGCGCAUUCACACAGGAGAGAGACCGUUUCAGUGCUUAGAAUGUGGGAUGAGUUUUAAUCAAAAAGGCAUUCUCCGAAAACACCAGCGCAUUCACACAGGAGAGAAACCAUAUAUCUGCUCAGAGUGCGGACAGCAAUAUAGAGACAGUGGUACCCUCGAUAAACACCAGCGCAUUCACACUGGAGAGAGACCUUAUUACUGCUCAGAGUGUGGAAAGACUUUUAUUGAAAGUGGUGCUCUCAGAAAUCACUUGCGCAUUCACACUGGAGAGAAACCGUUUCAGUGCUCUGACUGCGGGAAAAGUUUUAAUCAACAAAGUGCACUUAAAACACACCAGCGCAUUCAUACUGGAGAGAAACCAUAUCAAUGUUUAGAGUGUGGGAAAAGUUUUAAUCAACCAAGUUCUCUUAAAACACAUCAGCACAUUCAUACUGGAGAGAAACCAUAUAGCUGUUCAGACUGUGGGAAGAGUUUUAGUGCACAGAGCAGUUUACAAAAACACCAGAGCACUCACACCGGAGAGAAACCAUAUCACUGUCUAGAUUGCGGGCAGAACUUUACAGAAAGUAGUUCCCUUAAAAAACAUCUGCGCAUUCACACCGGAGAGAAACCGUUUCACUGCUCAGACUGUGGCAAGAGUUUUAGAGAGAGUAGUUUCCUCAAGGAACACCAGCGCAUUCACACUGGAGAGAAACCGUAUCAGUGCUCAGACUGUGGAAAGAAUUUUAGAGAGAGUCGUUUCCUCAAGAAGCAUCAGAAAAUUCAUGCAGCAGAGAAACUGAGUAUUGCUGAAUGUGUUUGACCACGAUAGUCAUAAUGUACAGGUGGCGGGCUCACAGUAGCUGUCAAUGGCACUUAUCAGCAGAGUAUCUUAUUUAGUGAUGAUUCUGUGAUUUAAAAAUUAAAUAACCUGAAAGUCUUCUACAAUCCACAAAGCUGAUCUUUAACUGCAACUCUGAUGUGGUGCUUUCAGUGUCUAACAUAUAAGUGUCCUCUUAAAACAACAUUGUGUAAAGUUUUAACUUUAAAAUAGCAUCUUCAGAACCAUUGUAAUGCUCCACUUACUUGUAGUAUGUGAAACAGUGUUUCUAUUGUCGCUAAAAUGUGCUCAGCAUGCAAACACUAACAGCACUACUUGAUUCUGGAAAAGCAGGCAUGUCAAAGCUUGCAAGAGAACUGUAUAACACAAUAUAUUGGUGUAAAAUCCUACAAUAUUACUAUUCUGUAUUACUAUUCUGUCCAAAUGCUUCAUUUACUUAUAGAGCUGGUUCUGUAUGUAUCAGCUUGUUCAGAAACGCAUGUGUGACAUAUGACAUAGUGACAAAUGCUACAAAUUACACCUUAUAAAGGUGACAGAAAUACACUUGCACUGCAAGUAAAAAUACAAAUACUUAAGUUAAAUAAUAAGUGUGAUUUAUAUUGUUUACUCAAGUAAAGAAAUUAUUUCUUUAAAAAGGCGUUACUGAAGUUUACUAGUAAUCUAGAUAGUAUUCACCCACAUCACAGAAUUGUCUGUCUAGUCAGCAAUAUUCACUAAUGGAACACUUUCAGCUCACUGUUUUUAGAUGUAUUGGGGCAAACCAAGAAUAACUGGGAAAAAGUAGGUUAAACCUUGUAUUUAUGCUUGGCUUUUACUUAAGGUUUAGUGCAUUUCUUUAUGUUAAUCAGGAUUGCUGUAGGAACCAUGGUCUGUAUAAAUGUCUGACACUAGUAGUGAAUAGAUAUUAACAGUAAUAGGAACAUUAUGUAGCUGUUUUGUUAAACUUUAUAAUAUAGCAGAAAGGUUAGAAUACUCACACAAUAUGCAGCGCCAAAAGAAUGAACUCGAGGGUGCAUGGGUGGGGUAUACUGUAAGCAGUACACGUGAUUAGAUGUUAAUUUAGCAAAUCUGUUAUGAAAUUGUAGUGAGUAAAAGGUGCAGAUUUUUGUUGUGAAAUGCAAGGAGUAAAAAUUGGCAAAUAAUCAUGUAAAGUAAAUAUACUUUCAUAAUCUACAGUAACAGAGUACUUAUACUGCUUUUGCCUUACUUAUCUUUUACUUUGUAAUUGUUUAAUUCUGUUUAAAAAUGAUGUCAUAUCGUUUUGAUGUAACUACAUUAAAAUGACAAGUAAGAUUCUCAAUAAAUUACACUAAAAUAUUUGCACUAUGUAAAAUGUAACUGUAAACUCUAAGUAUCAGUGGAAUUUCAUUAUCAUUCAAGAAGAAUUAAACAAGAAAAAGACAAUACAGAUUUUUUGUUUACUAUACCUAUGUGUAUGCUGUGUAUAUGUAAUGUGACUUUAAUGUCAUUGUUUUUUUUGCUUGUGCUUUAGAUUUUAUGCAUUGUCUUAUCUUAUUGUUUCAUGUAAGCUGACCGUUAUCUAAGAAUUAUGAUGAUUAAACAUCGACUUGAUUUUA